AGAGACAACAACAACACCGCAUACAACAGUUCAGCCUGGAACCACAACACAGGCUCCUACGAUUACAACCGUAGAGACAACAACAACACCGCAUACAACAGUUCAGCCUGGAACCACAACACAGGCUCCUACGAUUACAACCGUAGAGACAACAACAACCCUGCAUACAACAGUUCAGCCUGGAACCACAACACAGGCUCCUACGAUUACAACCGUACAGACAACAACAACACCGCAUAUAACAGUUCAGCCUGGAACCACAACACAGGCUCCAACGAUUACAACCGUACAGACAACAACAACCCCGCAUACAACAGUUCAGCCUGGAACCACAACACAGGCUCCAACGAUUACAACCGUACAGACAACAACAACCCCGCAUACAACAGUUCAGCCUGGAACCACAACACAGGCUCCAACAAGCCCAAACACAAUUUAUACAGUUUUUGCUAGUUUUUCCAGCAGUGAAGACUUUGUAGUCGAUCUGUCAAAUCCAGCAUCAGAAGCAUAUAAAUACAGAGAAAAUAAAGUCAAAUAUACGUUGGAACCAUUAUUUAGAAAGGCUUUCGUUUCCUUCAAAGGACUCACAGUUAUUCAGUUCCGUCCGGGGUCGAUCAUCACUGAAAUGAAUGUGACAUUUGGAAUCUUACCCAGUGAUGCAGAGAUAGUAAACACUAUUAUAGAAGCUAAUGUCACUCUUAAUAUCACCAGUGUAACACUAAGGGAGCCCAUCACCACAACUACCAAAGCCACUACAACCAGUUCCACUACAACUACAACUAAAACUAAUAUAACAGCAGCAGCCAUCACAACUACAACUACAACAAAAGCCAAUCCCAAUACAACAGCAACCACCACCACAACAACUACACCUACCACAACUACAACCAAACCUAGUACAAGGACAACCAAACUUAAUACUACAGCAACAACAACCACAACUACACCUACCACGACUACAACAACUACAACUAAACCUACCACAACUACAACCACACCUAGUACAACAACAACAACAACAACAACAACAACAACACCAGCACCAGCACGUCCUCUGCCAACUGUUGCCAUGCAGAUUGUCAUUGUAGAAGUGUAUGUUCCACAGCUGUCAGACCAUCAAAGUCCAGAAUUUAAAAGCCUAGCUACAAAAGUAGAGACUAUGUUUAAUGAAGUCUACAAGAAAAAGUUUGGGGAUCGUUUCAUCAGGACCAUCGUGAUUUCUUUCAUACCUGUUGCCAGGUCCCGGGCAGAAUCAAACGUACAGGCGGAGGUUGAGUUGGUGUUUAGUGACACGUCGACUGAACCGAUCCCCAGCAACAGCGACAUUGUGGAGACUCUGAAAGAAGCAGCUGCUAAUUCAACUGCAGGCUUCAACCUCACCAUUGAUGCCACUUCCAUUACCGUCAUUAAAUCAGUGCAGAUAAUUCCACUGAUAAUCCUCACCAACGGAACCUUUGUGCCUGGGUUUUCCAAUAAAAGUUCUACUGAAUAUCAGAGCAGGGCUUUGAUGAUAAAAACAGGGCUUGAACCUUUUUUCUUGGCUGAUUACCCUGCAUCAUUCAGUUCCAUAUUCGUGACAAACUUCAGUGAAGUCAGCGUGAAAUCAAGGAGUGUUCCCACGAUCCAAAACAGCAUGGAUGUUGUCUUUGGAGCAAACGCUGUUCUACCCAAUAGCGCCCAGAUAGUGAACACUGUAGUUCGAGCAGCCAGAAACAACUCGUUACCCUUCCAGAUCUUCACUUCUUCAAUUAUAAUAAAUGGAACAGCAUAUUCAUCAGGUGAAGUCAGCAGCAGGAUCAGUGUGUUGACCGCUUCAGUCCUGGUUGCUGUGUCGCUUCUGGUUCAACGGUUUAACUGACCAUAACCAGUCAUAUAAUCACAUAUUCAAAAUAAUGGAUUCAGACGGGUCUGAACCUUGCCUUCAGCUAAGUGAUGGACUCUAAAUGAAGCUACUGAUGCUACUUAAUGAGUAGUUAUGAAAGUAUCAUAUUACGUAAUCCUAUUUUGAAAACGUCAAACUAGAUCUAAGCUACAAUGUCUUCCAUACCGGCUCUGGAUGUACCUGAACGUUUAUUUCUUCUGUAACAAAAAAAGUAGUUAUGUUGUUGUGAAAAUUGUUGUUAAAUGGAAAAUGUAUUUCCAGAAGUCUUCCAUUUAGUAAGGAUAUGUUUUUAAAAUAUGCAAAUACAGUACAUAGGUUUUCAAAGUCUAGAAUGUGCUGAAAUGCUAUGCUAUAUUCGAUUCUUCUGAAAAGGGAUAAAACAAGCUUCAGUCGAUUUUAAUUUUCAUUAGAUUCACUUAGAUUAAACAUAAUUACUGUGCAUAUUUAAAAAAGAAUCACCAUCAUGUGCGGACCAUAAAUGAAGCAUUGAAAAAUGAUAAAGGUCUUUCUUUAUGCUGGCUGACUUUGGAACAGCCUUUAAUAAGAGAAAGAUGAAGGACUUUAAUGCUUAUGUAAUAAAGAAGAAGAAUGACAAAUAGCUAUAGAAUAAGACAUCAGAAACAUCUAGGGGGAAAAUUUGUAGACAAGAUUGUCUGAUAACAUUACAUAUUAACAUAAAAACCUGUACAACAACAUGCUUCUUAGCCAUUUAGACGUAUUUCAUGCACUUGUAUCAUACCAGUAUUUUAUAAAUUAUUUAUUCUAAAAACAAAAUAGCUAACCAAUAUUUCCAACGUUAAUUUAAAUCUGAACUUAUAGGUAUUUUUGUGAAAUGUAUUGUUUGCUGAUAUUGUUCACGCUGGAUGUGGUACACAAUAUAAUAGGUAACAAGAGCAAAGUGAAGUGAUCUUAGAGCACAAUGAGUAUAUACUAGCAAUGUUAGACAUCAGACUGUAUGUGUGUAUAUAUAUAUAUAUGUUUCAGUUCUGUGUUUGUAUAUUUAUCUCUUUUCUGGAACAGUGCUGAAAGCACACUGGUGACAAGCUGAAUUACAACAGUGAUAAAUAAAACUAUCCUUCUCA